AAAAAAACUGUCAAUGUCAGUUCGUCUCGUUUGAGGUUAUAUCACACUAUUUUUCACGAAUUCUCCCGUAUAAAAUCAAAACAAGAUGCCUUUUAUGAAAGGAAGAGCGCCUAUUCGGCGUACACUGAACUAUUUAAACGCCGGCAGAUUGGUUCUUAAGGAUAAAAUCAAGAUAUUCUCUGUAGCGUACAACAUUUUUGGUCAAAAUAACACCGGAGCAAAGGAGUUCGUAUUUUGGUUUCUACCGCAAAUCCAGUAUAAAAACCCUAACGUGCAGGUAGCUACAUUGAAGAAUUUGACUCCUUCGCCGUUUAUUAAGUGUUAUUUCGAAGAUGGGAGGCAGAUUUUGGUGGAUAUUGAUAACAAGUCUAAGGAAGAGAUUUUGGAGCAUUUAUUGAACACUGUGGGCAAGUCUAAGGAGGUUUUGGAAGCAGAGGCUAUUGCUGCGGAGAAGAAGGAUAAUCCAGCUAACUUUGGCAUCGGCUGUGAGCGACCAUGUAUCUGUGAAGUUCACGGACAGGUCCCUUGUCCUGGUGUCAUAGCAUUACCCAAAUUUAUGCGAGGAAAAUACAAGAACCCACAAAAUUAGGUAAUUUUGUACGUAGUUGUAAAUGUUAUUUAGUGUUAAAAUUAAUAAAUAAAUUAUCUUUAGUUUA